GCGCCGUGGACGGCACCCGCAGCGAGGCGGGCCGCAGGAGUCGCCCGCGCGCGCGCCGGCCUGAGCACGCGUGGGGAAGGGACACCCUGCGCGCAGAUCCGCGCGAAGAUCCGCCAGUGGAGCGCCCUCUGCGCAGACGGCACCACCGGCGGAGGCGGCCCGAGCAGGAUCUCGGCAGCGGGGGCCAUCGACGGGGCGGCGGGAGCGGACGUCGGCGACGGCAGCGGCCAGGCGGACCGCAUCGGCGGCCCCGCGCGCGCGGCUCGGCGGAGGGCCCUCCCACCUCAGGGCGCCGCGGGCGCGCCCGACUCUGCGGGCGAUGCCCGAAAGGCACCUGUACAUCACCCCGUGCCUGGCCAGGGCCAUCCAGGACCCUGGCAUGGCGUGGCGCGGCCCUCGGUCGACUACACGCAAGGAAGACCCUGGGUAAGCGU